AUGUCUUCUACAGAAGAUCAUAUCUUAGUCAUCGAAAGUUCUACACAAGAGCAUCUUGUUGACUCAAAUGCUAUGCCAACUAGCAUACCUUCAUCUCCUGACACUACGAAUAAUAAUAACUUAAAGAGAUCAAAAUAUUCAUCCUUCUUGCCAAUCAGUGAAGAUAUCGAAACGCAACUAUUUUAUGAGCUUUAUGGCAAUAUGGAUCGGAAUAGUAAUCCUUCACACUUGCUUAAAAGAAAAUGGUUUGUUCUCUCCCAUCAAUAUCGUGGACCCAAACCAAAAGAGAAUACUUAUGACCGUUAUGUUAUGCAUUUGAUUAUUAUGAUAAGUGCUGUAAAAGAUGACAUUUUCUUUGAAGAUCUUGUUUACUCUGCAUUUCCACAUUUGUCCAUGGAAAAAAUGCAAAAUUUUUUAUUAGAUUUUGAAAUGGCAGUUUAUUUCAAUGAACACCUAGAUCUUAAAGGAAAUAAAGUCUAUAUCUGCAAUUAUAAUUAUGAAAAUCAUGCAAUUAUGUAUAGCUAUAAAAAUAAUCGACUUGCUCAGAACAAAAAAUCAAAAGAUCUUAUGCUUGAAUAUAACAUUUGGAGAGGUUUUAAUGGUUAUGAAGAUGCACUUAUGAUGAUUAAUAAAGAACACUGGAAAAAACAAUCAACUCGUUUUGGUUUCGGUUUCAAAGAGAAGCAAGUCAUAGACGACUUUACCAACCAGUAG